UCGUGUUUAGGUACGAUAGGCGUUUGCUUCUCUCUUUCGUCUUCUCCAAGGAAAACCGGAAGUCUUCCACCGCUCUUCCUUCUUCAGUUCUUCCCUUCCUCGGUUGUUCUCGGGAGUCGCUUCUCUCCUUAAUUCUCUCCUCGAAUUCGAAACCAAACAUCAUUCUUCUGGUUUAAGACCUUUUUAAUGGGUAUUGAAUUAUUCUUUUGAUUUCCUUCUAAAAAGUGAUGUCUUAAAAGAUUCAAAUCUGAGUCCUGAGCUUGAAAAGUCUUGUAUGCAUUCCAAACAAUGUAUUCCGAUUAAUUUCUCAGGUUGUAUUCUUGGAUUAAGUAAGAAAGAAUGGAUAAAGAUCAGGAAUUGGAAUGGCUCGAGGCCCAAAAGAUCGUCAUUGGAGAAGAUCUCGUCUCGGCCGCCAAGCGGCAGCUGGAUUUUCUUGCAGCAGUGGACCGGCGGCGGUGGCUCUAUGACGGCCCCUUGUUGGACCGGGCGAUCUACAGGUAUAAGGCUUUCUGGCUUCCUUUGCUUGCAAAACACACUGAAUCUGGAGUUGUAGAGCAGUCUUUGGUCAUCCCUCUUGAUUGUGAAUGGAUAUGGCACUGCCAUCGACUUAAUCCGGUUCAAUACAGAAGGGACUGUGAGGAAGUCUAUGGGAGAAUCCUGGGCAACCAGAAUGUUGAAUCUUCUGUUCAAGGAAAAUCCAAACAUCAAACAGCAGAAAAAUGGGCCGAACUAUAUCCAGAUGAGCCUUUCGAAAUUGAUGAUAGCAAUCCUUCUUUGGGCAAAAAUGCUGAUAUGUAUGUUGAAGCUGUAGAAAGUAUCACAUAUGAUUUAGUUUCGGCUGUUAAAAGACAGUCUUCUUUCUACUACCAGGUCUGGCGUGCCAGCAUGCAUAAAGACUGCUUUCUCAAAGCAGCUGUGGCCAGAUAUAAAGGCUUUCUUCAUCUGAUCAGGAGAAACCAGGAGAAAUCAAUGAAAUGCUUCUGCGUACCGACUUAUGACAUAGAUCUCAUAUGGCAUUCUCACCAAUUGCAUUCCCUUUCUUAUUGCAAUGACAUGGUAGAGCUGCUGGGGAGGGUGUUGGAGCAUGAUGAUACAGACUCUAACAGAACCAAAGGAAAGAAACUUGAUGUUGGCUUUUGUGAAACUACGAAGCAAUGGGAGGAUACAUACGGUUUGCGAUACUGGAGGGCAGGGGCAAUGUACAGAGGAAGUUUGCCAUCUCCCCUAGUGGAAACUCCAUAUUUAUCUAAUUAUUAUAGCAAAAAUGAAAUUAUCUCUCAGAAAUCUGAGAAUUACCUUCCUCUUCCUCGAACAAUGGUGGUGGAGGUGCUUUUGGAAAUUGUGGGAAUAAGAAAUUUGCCAGCCAGUCAUCAAAAAGGAAGCUUGUUUGUAUCUUUCAGCAAGAAACGACCAGAUUUGUUUUUUACUGGGAGCUGUACACUAAGUAUUUUCUCUGAAUCUGGGGAGAAACGGGUAGCUGGUUUCGAAUGCGAACCUACUGGAGAACUGAUGUUGACCCUUAUGUCCACUUCAACCUCCAAUGUAUUUUCAUCGAAGCCAGCAAAAAUUAUUGGGACAACCUCAAUUUCCCUUCAAGACCUGACAAAUCCAGAUUCCAACUUGUCUAUAGAGAAAUGGUUUGAACUAAAGCCCCAUUCUGGACAUGUAGACUCAAAACCGGUUUGUCUGCAUGUUGCUGCCUCUUCUACCGUUCCAGUCCCUGCACCUCGUACAUUUCACAUGGUCAGGUCACAACUCUUCUCCGCAAACACUUGUUUCUUCCCACUUCCUGGGAAGACUCAACAGAUAAAAAGCUGGACUCGUUUCAUGGAUGACAUUGGAAAUGAAGUAAUUAGUGUACGAAUGAGGAAUUAUAAGAAAACAGAGGAAAGUAACAACUCUAUUUUCAAGAGGGAAGUGAUUGGAGUAACAAAAUUAUCAACAAAGCCACGUCUGCUAGCAGAGUACGCAGAAAACAAAUGGUCACUGAAUGAUUCUAAUCUGUCCUUUAGUAUUGAUAAGAGUACGGACCAACAUGGUCAUAUACUUGAACUCAAUGGUGAACACCAGAUAAAACUCUUUCUUGGUAAAAAGCUAAAGUAUGAACCCAAAAACUACAAGGAGCGAACUGAUCGCAACUUUAUCACAGUUGUAGAGUUCUGUGCUGAAAACCCAUAUGGAAAAGCAAUUGCUUUGUGUGACAUGAAAUCCAAGUCUAUCAAGGUCUGUGAAGAGUGGUUUGUGUUGCCGGGGAUCCUGCUGGCAUUUAUUCUCGCAGACAUGUUGAAGAAAGAAGGACACAGUUCUCUCAUUGCCUGUGAAAAGAAUGUUAAGGAGAGAAGCAAUUCAAAUCUGGAAGUCGAUAAGCAAAAUUCAAAAGACAAGAUCAUGAAUUCCUCGCAGGCAAUGGAUGCUAUCAUGACUGGGACUAGCAGUAGUGCUGCGACGCCAGCCAAGAGCAACAGUUGUGCUUCAGGCUGUGGUGGUGCUGCAGAAAAAGCUGGAGGUUGUGGCAGUGGAUGUGGAGGCAGCUGUGGAGAUGCUUUAUGUGGUGAAAAUUCUGGUGGCUGUGGAGGUGGGUGCAGUGGUGGAUGUGGUGGCGGUUGUGGAAGUGUAAUGAAGAGCAGUGGCUGCGGUGGUGGUUGCGGUGGUGGAUGUGGUGGCGGUUGUGGAAGUGUAAUGAAGACCAGUGGCUGUGGUGGUGGUUGCGGUGGUGGAUGUGGUGGCGGUUGUGGAAGUGUAAUGAAGAGCAGUGGCUGCGGUGGUGCUUGUGAUAAUAAUGGAUUGGCAGGUGACAAGACUAGCCUCUAUGGCAGUGGAUAGCUGCAAGGCUGAGGUGAGUAGCCACGAAGAUGCUGUCAAGGCUUAAUGGGAAUGUGGUGUUAACUUUAUGGGGUGAAUAUAAAUAAAUAAAUGUUCUGAACUCUAUUUCUCCACAAAGAUGCUGUCAUUGCUUAAUGAGACUGUAGUGUUAGCUUUGUGGAGUGAAUAUAAAUAAAUAAGUGUGAUGAACUACAGAAGCAAUUGCUCUUGGUUAUGGCUUAAGCUGUCUGUAUUGUGUUGUGUGCAACUCUCAGAAUAAACUUCUAGAAAUUCAUUUCAUAAA